UGCUGGCGCGUGGAAUCGAUGGUGCUGCUGGAGCCGGGGCGUGCCGUGUGUUCAGCGCCGCGGCCCGGCGCCUGGUGAGGCGGUGAGACGGUGAGACGGUGAUACGGUGAGCCAUGUCGGAGCCGCGGGCCGAACGCAUCCGCAGUCGGGACAGCCACGCCUCCGAGUUCUUCCAGUACGUGGGCCCCUACCGGCUGGAGAAGACGCUGGGCAAGGGCCAGACGGGCUUGGUUAAGCUCGGCGUACACUGCAUGACGGGCAGGAAAGUCGCAGUCAAGAUAGUCAACAAAGAAAAGCUGAGCGAAUCCGUGCUACAAAAGGUGGAACGAGAGAUAGCCAUCAUGAAGCUCAUCGACCAUCCACAUGUGUUAGGAUUGUAUGACGUAUAUGAUAACAAGAAAUACUUAUAUCUGGUAUUGGAGCACGUGUCUGGAGGUGAGCUGUUCGAUUACCUGGUGAAGAAAGGCCGGCUCACGCCAAAAGAGGCGCGCAGGUUCUUCCGACAGAUCAUUUCCGCGCUGGAUUUCUGUCACAGCCACUCCAUCUGCCACCGCGACCUGAAGCCGGAGAACCUGCUGCUGGACGAGAAGAACAACAUCCGCGUGGCCGACUUUGGGAUGGCGUCGCUGCAGCCGGACGGGCACACGCUGGAGACCAGCUGCGGCAGUCCCCACUACGCCUGCCCGGAGGUCAUUCGGGGGGAGAAGUACGACGGUCGUCGGGCGGACGUAUGGUCGUGUGGCGUGAUCCUGUACGCGCUUCUGGUGGGCGCGCUGCCGUUCGACGACGACAACUUGCGCCAGCUGCUGGAGAAGGUCAAACGGGGCACGUUUCACAUCCCGCACUUCGUGCCGCCCGACUGUCAGAACCUGCUGCGGGGCAUGAUUGACGUCAACCCCGAGACCCGGCUCACGCUGCGCGAGAUUAACCGGCACCAGUGGGUGGUGGCCGGCUCGAAGGGUGAACUGGAGCUGGAGCCGCCCAUGAUGGAGGUGGUGCAGACGCAUGUGAUCCCCGGCUCCGAGCUGCUCGACACGGACGUCCUGCGGGCCAUGACACACCUCGGCUGCUUCAAGGACAAGGAGGCUCUCGUGCACAACCUGCUCUGCCCCGCUCACAACACGGAGAAGGUCAUCUACUUCCUGCUUCUGGAGCGGAAGAGACGCAAGCCGGCCUACGAGGACGACGCCGAGGCGCUGAUGAGGGCCAGGUCGGACUCGGCCGACCCGCCGCGGAAGCGUGUCGACUCGUACAAGUUGAACGGCUCCACGCACCACUACGAGCAGCUGAGCGAAGGCUCGCCCAUCAUUCCGCGGCGCCACUUCCACCACCGGCGAAGACCGAGCAGCUCCUCCGGACUGAGCCCGCUCUCGUCGUCGACGGUGACACCGACGGCCUCGCCGCUGCCGUCGCCCAAGCUGCUGGUGCGGCCGUCGCCGCUGCCGGCCUCGGACGAGCUGGCCACGCCGCCGGCCUCGCCGUACGGAGCGCCCGCCUACUGGCGCUCGCGGCUCAACACCAUCAAGAACUCGCUGAUGGGCUCGCCCCGCUUCCACCGGCGCAAACUGCAGGUGCCGUCUGACGAGACGCGCCUGACGCCCGAGUCGUCGCCCGAGCUGACCAAGCGCUCCUGGUUCGGCACGCUUAUGGGCUCGGAGCGCGACGAGAGCUACACCGUCAUCGUGCGCAGCAAGCCGCUCGCCAUCGUCAAGGCCGACCUCAUCCACUCGUUCCUUUCGAUCGCUGACCUCAGCCACAGCGUCACAUCGCCGAUGUCGUUCCGUGUUGAGUACCGGCGCGGUGCGGCCGGGCCGGCCGUGUUCCAGCGCCAGGUGCGCUUCCAGGUGGACAUCACGCCCGUCUCGCAGGGCGACGACGAGUGCCUGUACGCCAUCAACUUCACGCUGGUGUCCGGCAACAUCCGUCGGUUUCGGCGCAUCUGUGAGCACAUUCACUGCCAGGUGUGCUCGCGGCGUCCGCCGCCGUCGCCGCGGGUGGGGCGCAAGUUCACGGCGGACCUGUCAGAGAGCUCGUCGGCCGGCUCCGACUCUUCCGACCGGCUGCAGGCCACCGCGCCCAAACAGGUCGACGCCGAGCCCGAGGCGGACAACAUCCUGGACAUGAAGACGCCGACCAACGAGACCGCGGCGCCGGUCGGCGGCGCCGAGCCGUCCGUAGCCGAGCCGACUACGACUCUGACUCCAGCUUCUCCGGCCGAGUCGGUGCCGCGGUCCGUCAGCGCCUCGCCAGCCGCCAGUGACGACUCAACGGCGGCAACGGUCACAGUGACACCUAGCGAGUCCGAACACAACUCGAGCUGCGCCGUGUCGGCGCUAUGA